GUGGCCCAGAGAGCCGGCGCGGCGGUCGCUGGCGGGCGCCCCCCGCGCGGGCAUGGCGGCUUGGUGGCCCGCGAUGCUGCGCGCGGUCCGGCGCUACCCGUGGCCCACGAACGUGCUGCUCUACACGGCGCUCUUCUCCGCCGGCGACGCGCUGCAGCAGCGGCUACGGGGCGGUCCGGCCGACUGGCAGCAGACGCGGCGCGUGGCCACCGUGGCCGUGACCUUCCACGCCAACUUCAACUACGUGUGGCUGCGCCUGCUGGAGCGCGCGCUGCCGGGCCGUGCGCCGCGCACCGUGCUGGCCAAGGUGCUGUGCGACCAGGCGAUCGGCGGGCCCGUGGCCGUCUCGGCCUUCUAUGCCGGUAUGAGUAUUCUCCAAGAAAAGGAUGACAUAUUUUUGGACCUGAAACAGAAAUUCUGGAAUACGUACAAGAGCGGUCUGAUGUACUGGCCUUUUGUGCAGCUGACCAACUUCGGCCUGGUUCCUGUUCACUGGAGGACGGCUUACACGGGACUCUGUGGUUUUCUGUGGGCCACCUUCCUUUGCUUUUCACAACAGAGUGGCGAUGGCACGUUCAAGUCGGCUUUUGCCUUCCUUCAUGUAAAGGAGGCCAGUGCCCUUGAAAGGUCCCCCAAGGAAUGAGAAGCCAAGGACUCCCUAGCAAUGCCGAUUUCUUUCAUUCCUUCCUUCUCUCUUCCAUCUUUCUCUCCUCCUCCCUCCCUCCCUCCCGCCCGUGCAGGGGCUCGCCUACAGAUAACAGAGUCUCCUUACCAGUUACUUGCUCCAUUUUGGAGACUGACUCUCACAUAGACCCCAUGGUUUCAUUAUCCAUGAGUACUUAAAAUUUUAUCCAAACCUUUCUUUUCCCCCCAUUUUGGUCUGAAAGCCUCACUUCUCUAAUAUUUUUACUCCUCUAAUUCUUUGGUUAAUAUUGGUAACAGUGACGUCGUGGCACUUUGCAGUUGCUCCGAUUUCUAUGCUUAUAUUUUAAUGCUGGUUGAUUUAAAGAACCUGUUUUGAUCAUUUACUUAACGUCGAAAAUCUCAGGUUAUCCCCCACCCCCAACACAUACUUUUGGGUCAGUUUAACUUUUAUACCAAAAGUAGUCCUUAGAGAAUAUUUCUAUUUACAUAGAGCUCAAUCGAAGAGAAGACUAAAUAACCAAAUUUUUUUCUCUCGAAAUACUUUAUAUAAUAAUUUAUGGUUAUACUGAUGGUCAGUUCUGUAAAUGCAUUUUAUGCUGUCAAAAAAUGGUAUCUGAUUGGUGUGUCCCAUAUGGAAUGUAUUUUUCAGAGAUCUUCUACUUUUGUAAAUUUUUAGUUAAGUGCUUUUUAGUUAAUGUGUUCUAAUUUUGAGCCUAUUCAGUUGACUGAAGGACCCCAUUUUUCUAGACAAUAAGAAAUUUACAAAAUUUCUGGCUUCUUAAAGACAUACAUUGAAUGAAGUUUCUAUGAAAAUGAGCAAUUUUUCUUCCUCUGGAAAGAAAAACUCUAUUCCAUAGAUUUCCAGGGAAAAGAGUUACCCCAAAUUUCACACUAAGAUUAUAUUUAAAAACAAAAAAAAAUCAAUGCUUUCCAGGAGUACCUGUGGCUCAGGUGGUUGGGCAUCCAUUUCUUGAUCUUGGCUCAGGUCUUACUCGCUCAGUCAUGAGUUUGAGCCCCAAGCUGCCUCCACGAUGGGUGCCGAGCCUACUUAAAAAACAAACAAACAAACAAACAAUGCUUUCCAAUAAAUCGUUAUCAGUAAUCUUUAAGCUAGACAUGACAAACUGGAUCCAGACUUUCAGAUUUACUCAGUUUGUCUAACCUCAAAACCAGUGGAUCUAAAAGUGAUAUGACUAUCGGAAGAAGUUUCAGCAAACUUCACCUAAGAAUUGUACCAAAAUGCUGCUGCUUCCAGUGAAGUCUUUUUUUUUUUUUUUCAAAGAUUUUGUUUAUUUGACAGACGGAGAUCACAAGUAGGCAGAGAGGCAGGCAGAGAGAGAGGAGGAAGCAGGCUCCCCGCUGAGCAGAGAGCCCGAUGGACACUCAAUCCCAGGAUGCUGAGACAAUGACCUGAGCUGAAGGCAGAGGCCUUAACCCACUGAUCCACCCAGGUGCCCCUUCCGGUGAAGUCUUGUACGAAUUUUAAGGUGGGAAGCACUGGGUUGUUAAUAAUACAUUCAUCUUGCAAAUUUGUAUUUAAGAUUAAUUGAGAACAUACCCUUCAAUUUUUUACGCACCUAAUUCGUAAUAUAAAUUAAUGUAGGUUCUAAGUAUCUCAUGUCUAUGAUUUAUUUGAAUUUAAUUGGUAUUAACCUAUAUUACCUUAUUGGGACAAUAGUAAGGAAAUUUCUAGAUACCUUCUAAAAUAAUUUGUUACCUACACUGUUUUGAAAGUUGCUAAUAUAACGGAAAAGCUGUUCCAUCACACUUAAGACGAAUUCUUAAGUUUAGAAAUUCAUUAGAAAUUGCAUCUUGAGGGCGCCUGGGUGGCUCAGUGGGUUAAGCUGCUGCCUUCGGCUCAGGUCAUGAUCUCAGGGUCCUGGGAUCGAGUCCUGCAUCGGGCUCUCUGCUCAGCAGGGAGCCUGCUUCCCCCUCUCUCUCUCUGCCUGCCUCUCCGUCUACUUGUGAUUUCUCUCUGUCAAAUAAAUAAAUAAAAUCUUUAAAAAAAAAAAAAAGAAAUUGCAUCUUGAGUAACUAUGCGAAAUUACUAACUGGCGAUUUCUUAGAUGAGCUUCAAUAUUACUUUUAGGAUGGAAGAGCAGUGUUUGCAUUUUGUGUCAAAGUCAUUGGGAAAACAGACCUUGUUUAAAUUGUCGAGAGGAAGAAGGCUUAUUGUUCAUAAACAAGCACACCUCAUCCAUCUCUACCCAAACCCGUGCUGCUGUAUGCUGUAGAGAAGGCACAGCGUGUGUUCUCCGCAUUUCUGCAAGUAAUGUACUUAGGAUUUUUAUGCAAUAGUGCUUUUCUGUUUUUGUGGGUGAAAUGGAAGAUAUUCCAACUAACGCAAUGUUUGUCUAUUUUAAAAAGCUGCCAGUCUUGGUAUAAUACACUCUGAACCUUCCCAGGUUUGCCACUGGGCAGGUGGCCCCUACCCUUCCUCCAGAUUUUCCUACUCUGUUAAGUGUCUUUAACUUGGUUAUGUGUUGUUUCAGCAGGUUCUUCUGGCCCCUGUGCUUGCUCGGGCAAAGGGAAAAACCCAUUAUUCAUUGUCCUUGACAGAGUGGAGACAGACUGGAUUUUCAGUUUCCAGUAUGUGUGGAAAACAAAAGGGAAAUUUGAAAGGGGAAUCUGUGAAAUGUCGAAAGCAUUUACAAAAUUUUAAACAUUUUUUAAAAAAUUUAAAUUCAAUUUUAAAUUCAAUUUAAAAUUUAAUUUCAAUGAACAUAGAAUGUAUUACUGGUUUCAGAGGUAGAGGUCAGUGAUUCGUCAGUCUUUUACGACACCAGUGCUCAUCCCAUCACGUGCCCUGCUCAUGUCCAUCACCUGUUAGCUCUCUUCUCACCCCACUCCUGUCCAGCAACCCCCAGUUUGUUUCCUAUGAUUCAGAGUCUCUUUCGGUAUGUCUCCCUCUGAUUUCAUCUUAUUUUAUUUUUUUCUCUCUUCCCCUAGAUCCUCUGUUUCAAAAGCAUAUUU